AUGAUGAUGAAUAAUGAAGGAAAAGCGGUGGAUAGGAGCAGGCUUGUUCCUAUGUCAAUCAUAUUUGUGGUGCUGUGUGGUCUUUCUUUUUAUUUAGGUGUACUAUUUGGUUCUGAGAAUGAUAAAUUUGUAUCGAUUAUCAGUCAGAGAUCCAUGGAUUUCCCGAAGGGAUCGUUGUCGUCAUCGAAAAAUUCUUUGAAAAUUAACUAUACCAGUUUUCCUGAAUGUGGUAUUGAUUAUCAAGAUUUCACUCCAUGUACAGACCCAAGGAGAUGGAAGAAGUAUGGAUCUUAUCGAUACAUUUUGUUGGAGCGUCAUUGCCCUCCGGUUUUUGAGAGGAAAGAAUGCUUGGUUCCUCCCCCAGAUGGAUACAAACCUCCAAUUAGAUGGCCAAAGAGCAGAGAUGAAUGUUGGUACAGGAAUGUUCCAUAUGACUGGAUUAAUGAGCAGAAGUCCAAUCAACAUUGGUUGAAAAAGGAGGGGGAGAAAUUUUUCUUUCCCGGUGGGGGUACUAUGUUCCCGAAUGGUGUUGGUAAAUAUGUUGAUUUAAUGGAAGAUCUGAUCCCAGAAAUGAAAGAUGGGACUAUUCGAACUGCCAUCGAUACUGGUUGUGGGGUUGCUAGCUGGGGUGGUGACUUGCUGGAUCGUGGGAUUCUUACUGUUUCUCUUGCUCCUAGAGAUAAUCAUCAAGCUCAGGUUCAAUUCGCUUUGGAACGUGGUCUCCCUGCAAUUCUUGGUGUCCUUGCUUUACACAGGCUUCCGUUCCCGUCAAAUUCCUUUGAUAUGGCUCAUUGCUCCAGAUGUCUCAUUCCAUGGACAGACUAUGGUGGAGUUUAUCUUCUCGAAAUACACCGGAUUCUUCGUCCUGGAGGAUUUUGGGUCUUGUCCGGUCCACCAAUAAACUACGAGCGCAGGUGGCGUGGAUGGGACACAACAAUCGAAGAACAAAGAUCAAACUACGAGAAAUUGCAGGAGUUGCUGACUUCAUUGUGUUUUAAAUUGUAUAAUAAAAAAGACGACAUUGCCGUAUGGCAGAAGUCGCCUGAUAGUAAUUGCUAUAAAAACCUGACUAGAGAUACAUAUCCGCCUAAAUGUGAUGACAGCGUCGAAGCAGAUUCAGCAUGGUAUACUCCAAUCCGUACUUGUUUUAUAGUUCCGGAUCCAAAAUUUAAGAAAUUAGGUCUGAAAUCGAUUUCGAAAUGGCCUGACCGGUUGCAUUCUACACCUGAGCGCGUUUCAAUGGUUUAUCAUGGGAGUCCUUAUACGUUCAAAAAUGAAUAUAGUAAGUGGAAGAAGCGCAUUACGCACUACAAGAAGUUGAUACCUGAGUUUGGAACUGACAAGAUAAGAAAUGUCAUGGAUAUGAAUACAGAAUUUGGAGGUUUUGCUGCGGCCUUGAUUGAUGAUCCUGUAUGGGUUAUGAAUGUGGUUUCAUCUUAUGGUCCCAACACGCUCCCUGCGAUUUAUGAUCGAGGCCUCAUUGGAACUUUCCAUGACUGGUGUGAAGCAUUUUCAACAUAUCCUCGGACAUAUGACCUACUUCAUCUUGCAGGACUCUUCACUGAAGAAAGCCACAGAUGUGAAAUGAAGUAUGUAUUGCUGGAAAUGGAUCGGAUUUUACGACCUGAUGGGUAUGCUAUCAUACGCGAGUCAAAUUACUUUUUGGAGGCCAUUACAACCAUUGCCAAUGGUAUGCGAUGGGAGUGUCGUAAAGAAGAUACCGAGCAGAGGGGUGACACGGAGAAGAUAUUGAUAUGCAAGAAAAAACUAUGGUAUUCAUCCGUCAAGGUUUCAAGAUGA